GUCUGUAUGCUUUGCUCAGUAGGAUAUCAUCUCUUCUGUUGUCACCGCUCAGAGAAGACCAGUCGACGAUGGAUGGCAUUAGACUAUGCAGGGAUUUCCAUCGGUAUCCUGGGCUGCUACGUGUCAGGCGUGUUUUAUGCGUUUUAUUGUAGUAACUACUGGCGUCAGGUCUAUUUAAUCACUGUGCUGGCAAUGAUCUUGGCAGUGUUUUUUGCUCAGAUUCAUCCCAGUUACCUCACGCAGCAGUGGCAGAGACUGCGCUCCAUCAUCUUUUGCUCCGUGUCUGGAUAUGGAAUUAUUCCCACUGUCCACUGGGUUUGGCUCAAUGGCGGCAUUGGUGCAUCUAUUGUACAGGAGUUUGCUCCGCGUGUAGUUGUCAUGUACUUCAUCGCUGCUGUAGCUUUUCUCUUCUAUAUUUCCAAAGUUCCAGAAAGAUACUUCCCAGGACAGCUGAACUACCUCGGCUCUAGUCACCAAGUAUGGCACGUCCUGGCAGUUGUGAUGCUGUACUGGUGGCACCAGUCCACCGUGUACAUCAUGCAAUACAGACACAGCAAGCCCUGUCCUGAGUACGGCACAGACUUGUGA